UUUCCACCGCAGGGACACACGCCAUUUCCGGCCGGCAGGGUGAGGGAAUGACGUGGCAGGUGAGCCCAGGCACGGCUUCGGGAGCCGGGACGCCGGGAGCUGUCAGGUGGCCUUCGGGCAGCCCCAAGGGGAAAGGGUAGCGCCACUACGCUCCCGCGGCGGCCAGCCCGGAGCCGGAAGUGCCACGUGUACGGACUGCGCCUGCGCGGCCGGCGGCUGACAGACACUUCCGGCCAGGGCCUCCCUCGGCUCCCGGUUUGGCUGCCGCCCGCCCGAUUCCCAAGCCCCGACUCAAGGUCCGAGCCGUGGCCGCCAGCGGGCUGGGGACAGUGAGGCGCCAUGUCCUGGCCUUGAUGCGCCGACCCUGAGUCCUAAGUCGUGAGCCUCCUCCUUUCACUUUGAGAAAUCGCCUUUCGGCUCUGGUAGAGCCCGACCAGCCCCUUCCCAUCUUCGAGAACCGCCUGCCGUCAUGUUCCAGUCCGGGAUGCCUGCCUCCGGCGCUCCGCCAACUGGCCUCCAGGCACAGAACGGGGCCGCCUCGGCCUCGGCCUCCGGGUCUCCCUACAGCAACGGUCCUGUGCAAAAUGUUAUGAUGUCUUCACAAGUGUCAGUGAGCCGAGGUUAUAACUCACAGCUUCCAGGAUCCUACCCUCAUCUAAUACCAGCAAAGACUUUGAAUCCAGUCUCUGGACAGUCUAACUAUGGUGGUUCUCAGGGAUUGGGGCUGACUUUGAAUAGACCACCUGUGGCUUCUCAUCCAGCGAUGCCCACGCUCCAUAGUGGUCCUGUUCCUCGAAUGCCGCCUCCUGGUUCUCAGAACCCAGCUGCUACACCAAUGCCUUCUGGUAGUUUUCUUCCUGGAACCAACUUGUCAGCACCCUUGAACUGGCAGUAUACCUAUCCAUCUUCAGGUUCACAGACAAACCAUUGUCCUCCUUCAUCAUCCCAACUAACUGUCUCUGGGAAUACAAAUCUAACAACAAAUCAUCAGUAUGUUUCUUCUGGGGAUCCUUCACUUCAAAACAGCCUCAUAAAGUCAUCAGGUUCUGCACCUCCCUUAAGAAAUCCACCUCUGCCUGCCAGUUUUCAACCGGGAGUUCCUCAUGCGCUCCCUCCUCCACCUAGAGGCCCCGCUCCGGUGCAGGCACCCACACCGCAGCAGUCGCCACAGGGAGCGGUGCACCAGCCUUCAUUUAAUUCAACUGGCAGUCAGGAAGGUGUUACAUCAGAUACCAAGAACGGAACAACGAUGGCCCACAAUAGUUACGAUGAGAUUGAAGGUGGUGGCUUCUUGGCAACACCACAGCUUACUAAUAAGAAUCCUAAAAUGAGCCGAAGUGUUGGAUAUUCCUAUCCCUCCUUACCACCUGGUUAUCAGAACACAACGCCACCUAAUGCAACUGGAAUCCCACCCUCUUCCUUGAAUUAUCCCAGUGGGCCACAGGCCUUUACUCAGACUCCCUUAGGUGCUAAUCAUUUAACUGCAAGUAUGAGUGGAUUAAGUCUACAUCCAGAGGGUCUAAGAGUUGUCAAUCUUCUUCAAGAAAGAAACAUGCUUCCCUCAACACCUUUGCAGCCUCCGAUUCCAAAUCUGCAUGAAGACAUCCAGAAACUCAACUGUAGCCCAGAGCUGUUCCGAUGCACGCUGACUGGUAUUCCUCAGACUCAGGCCUUACUGAAUAAAGCCAAGCUUCCUUUGGGGCUGCUGCUUCAUCCUUUCAAGGACCUAGUGCAGUUGCCUGUGGUUACCUCCAGUACAAUUGUGAGAUGCCGUUCGUGCAGGACAUACAUCAACCCAUUUGUCAGCUUUCUGGAUCACAGGAGGUGGAAGUGUAACUUAUGUUACCGAGUCAAUGAUGUUCCAGAAGAAUUCAUGUACAAUCCUUUGACCAGAGUUUAUGGAGAACCUCAUAGAAGACCUGAAGUUCAGAAUGCUACUAUUGAGUUUAUGGCUCCUUCAGAAUACAUGCUGCGGCCACCUCAGCCUCCGGUGUACCUUUUUGUAUUUGAUGUAUCUCAUAAUGCAGUUGAGACUGGAUACUUGAAUUCAGUUUGCCAGAGUCUGUUAGAUAAUCUGGACUUGCUUCCUGGCAACACUAGAACAAAAAUUGGCUUCAUAACAUUUGACAGUACAAUCCAUUUCUAUAGUCUUCAAGAAGGUCUCUCCCAGCCGCAGAUGCUAAUAGUCUCAGAUAUUGAAGAUGUUUUCAUACCUAUGCCAGAGAACUUGCUAGUUAAUUUAAAUGAAAGUAAAGAGCUUGUCCAAGACUUACUGAAGACUUUGCCGCAAAUGUUCACCAAGACACUAGAGACCCAGAGUGCCCUGGGUCCUGCACUUCAAGCUGCCUUUAAGCUGAUGUCCCCAACUGGAGGCCGAAUGUCUGUUUUCCAAACACAACUCCCAACUCUUGGGGCGGGAGCCCUGAAACCACGCGAGGAACCCAACCAAAGGUCAUCUGCUAAGGAAAUACACUUGACUCCAUCCACUGAUUUCUAUAAGAAAUUAGCCUUGGACUGUUCUGGUCAACAGGUAGCUGUUGACUUAUUCCUUCUCAGUGGACAGUAUUCUGAUUUGGCUUCUCUGGGUUGUAUUUCUCGAUAUUCAGCAGGUAGUGUGUAUUACUAUCCCUCCUACCAUCAUCAGCACAACCCAGUACAAGUACAAAAAUUCCAGAAGGAACUACAGAGAUACCUCACGCGGAAAAUUGGCUUUGAAGCCGUCAUGCGAAUUCGGUGCACCAAAGGUCUUUCCAUCCAUACUUUCCAUGGGAACUUCUUUGUUCGGUCCACAGACCUUCUGUCUUUGCCUAAUGUCAACCCAGAUGCUGGCUAUGCAGUACAGAUGUCUGUGGAAGAGAGUCUCACUGACACCCAGCUAGUUUCUUUUCAGUCAGCGCUCUUAUAUACAUCCAGCAAAGGUGAAAGAAGAAUCCGUGUGCAUACUUUGUGCUUGCCUGUGGUCUCCACCUUGAAUGAAGUCUUUCUUGGAGCUGAUGUUCAAGCAAUUGCAGGCUUGCUGGCCAAUAUGGCUGUUGACAGAUCCAUGACUGCAAGUCUGAGCGACGCUCGAGAUGCUCUGGUGAAUGCCGUCAUUGACUCGCUUUCCGCUUACCGAGCCUCGGUCCUCAGUAACCAGCAGCCCGGCCUCAUGGUUCCUUUUUCUUUGCGACUCUUCCCACUUUUUGUGCUGGCUCUCCUUAAACAGAAAUCAUUCCAGACUGGGACAAAUGCACGUCUAGAUGAACGUAUUUUUGCUAUGUGUCAAGUGAAAAGUCAGCCCUUGGUUCACCUUAUGCUUACCACGCAUCCCAGUUUGUACAGAGUCGACAAUCUCUCAGAUGAGGGCGCCCUCAACAUCAAUGACAGAACAAUACCUCAGCCCCCACUUCUUCAGCUCUCAGUGGAAAAGCUGAGCAGAGACGGGGCUUUCCUCAUGGAUGCAGGCUCGGUCCUGAUGCUUUGGAUUGGAAAAAAUUGUGCUCCGCAUUUCCUAAGCCACGUUCUAGGAGUUCAAAACUAUGCAUCAAUUCCACAGAUUAUGACAGACCUUCCAGAACUUGAUACACCAGAAUCUGCCAGAAUGAUUGCUUUCAUCUCUUGGCUUAGAGAACAGAGACCAUUUUUCCCGAUACUUUAUGUAAUAAGGGAUGAGAGUCCAAUGAAAGUAAACUUCCUUCAAAACAUGGUCGAAGACAGGACAGAAUCUGCGCUGUCCUAUUAUGAAUUCCUGUUGCAUAUACAGCAGCAAGUGAACAAGUGAAGAGAUGAAGACAUUUGAUUUAGUUACUUCUAAGGAAAGUCAGAAUAACGCAGAAUACCCGGGGAUGUGUAAUACUUCCUUUUCUAUGAGUUUGUAGACUGAUAGGAUGAUUAAGAUGUUCUCACUGUGAUUUCAACAAACUAUAGCAAAUAAAGGACCACAGCAGAGAAUCAAAAUGCAACUCUGAAAUACUGUAUUUUUCAAAUCAAAAUGUAUCUACAUAAGAUUAGAUACCUUUUUUUCCUUUGCCAGUUAUGUUUGAGUUAUUAUGGAUUGAAAUAAGAGAAGACAAUAUUGCAGAGGCAAAGUACAUUUUGUAAAAUAAAGACUUCUGUGUUCCACA